CCUGUAACGAAGUUCGUAUUUGUACUUCGAAUGAUUAUGGACUACUCUAGUACGUACUUAUGUCUUGGGACUUCCGUACGUGUACCUCCGUGCCGCCAUUCUACAUGUUUGAUGUUGAUGAUCACAAUCCCCAUAAGUAGAACGGUUGCACCGUGCAUCCGACUUUGGUAACAGGACCCUGUUCGCACACAGAACACCUCUCACAACCAUCAACUCCAUCUUAGCUCAUGUACCCAGUACUACUGCGUGAUAGCUGUGUUUGCUCCUGCCAAUCCACUUAACCCUCCCUGCUUUUCCUCAGGACUGGUUAUAUAUACGGGAUCGGUGUGUCUCCAGCUUGACAUAGCUCAAAUGGAUUAGGAUUGAUGGGAACGAGCCAUUCAGCCGCCUCAACAUCGAAUGAGCCCUGAACGACAUGAUAGCGUAUCGUGACACUCGGUGGGCUACUAGAAUAGCCUCCUAGAAUAGCCUGGACACUUUCACACUCCAAGGAUGAGGCCCAUAUCCGCUUCAUUGCUCCUGCUAGCAUCCGCGUCGACCUGCCUGUCAACUGCGCAAAGCCUCGAAGAUCAAACAUCCUCCGGGGGAUUCGAUCUAGGUUUUACGCUGGCAUGUCCAGACUACAAACAAUACUCCGCAAACCCGCACCCGCCAUUCAGCACCGGCCCCUUGCAGCUACCAUUCCAACGCCCUUCCACACGAUGUCGAACUUUCCAGUCCACAGCGGUGGACGAGGUCAUCGGAUCAAUGGUCGAGAAGAUGGUUGAUAAGGACCUUGCGCGGAUCUUCGAGAACGCCUUUCCCAACACCUUAGACACGACGAUCCGAUGGCAUGACAAUGGCGCGCAGCCGAGGCCGAAGGAACGGUCAACCCGGCAGGAACAUGAGUGGGAGGGUCCUCAGAGCUUCGUGGUCACUGGAGAUAUCAACGCGGAAUGGUUGCGCGACUCUACCAAUCAGCUCUCACAGUACCAGCGCCUCGCGAAGCUCGACAAAGCGCUCGAAUCGCUGAUCCUUGGCGCCAUCAAUACUCAAGCGGAGUACGUGAUCAAGUCGCCGUAUUGCAAUGCCUUCCAGCCCCCGCCGCCGUCACGGCUUCCCCCAACCGGGAGCGGACAAGCCGACACGGUUCAUCCCAUGUAUGAGCCUUCCUUCGUCUUCGAAUGCAAGUAUGAGCUCGACAGCCUCGCGGCAUUCUUAUCGCUCGCGAACCAAUUCCACGCGACCACCGGUAGCACGGCAUUCCUUACUCCGCGCUGGUACACCGCGCUCAAUACGGUGAUGCGUGUAAUUGACGAACAGAGCCGUAGCACGUUCCACCCUGUCACGGGCGCGUACGUACAAAAUGAAUAUCGGUUCCAGAGAAUGGCUAACACCGGGACCGAGACCCUGAAUCUGGCCGGGAUCGGGAAUCCACUGGGUGCAGACACCGGACUGGUCCGCAGCGCAUUCCGACCCAGCGACGAUGCCACGAUAUUCGGGUUCUUCAUUCCCGGCAAUGCGAUGAUGGCGGUGGAACUGAAGAGGACUGCCGACUUGCUCGCCGCUGCGGGCAAGUCCACGCUCGCAUCGACGGUGAGAGGCAAGGGGGAAAGCAUCGAGCGCAGCGUCUGGGAGCAUGGAACGGUGCAACACGAGAAGUGGGGGAAGGUGUUCGCCUUCGAAGUGGACGGGUACGGGUCGCAUUUGCUCAUGGACGAUGCGAAUUUGCCCUCCCUCCUCGCUCUUCCACUCCUCGGCUUUGUGAGCCGAGAUGAUGAGACGUACCGGAACACCCGGAAGAUGAUCCUCUCCGCACAAGGGAAUCCGUAUUACUUGAUCGGCGAGGAGUUCCAUGGCAUAGGAGGUCCCCAUAUCGGGGUUCGGAACGCAUGGCCGAUGAGUUUGCUCGUUCAAGCCAUGACGAGCGACGACGAUGAGGAGAUCAUGGGAGCCGUGGGCUUGGUGAAGAAUGCCAGUCUCCUGGGGUUGAUUCACGAGAGUGUGAACGUGGAGAACAAGCGACAGUACACUCGGAGCUGGUUCGCGUGGGCGAAUAGCGUGUUCGCGCAGACAGUAUUGGAUCUGGCGGAACGGAAGCCUCAUUUGCUUUUCGGGCCAGAAUCGAAGCCUUGGUCGAUUGGGCAAGGAAUGGUGAGGGUUAAUUGAUCCAUAUCAUUAAAAGAAAUAUCCGGAGCACCUGGGUUCAAAAAUUCAAGCAUGUCGAAGCAAGGUCUUGCCUCCGCCCUGGGUUCUCACAGUGUCGUUUGGCUGAGAUGUGUGCACUCACUCACUACACCGUGAUCUCGUAUAUUGCAUCGUCUUAUCGAGCAUCUACCUAACCACACACACGACCGAGAGUUCGAGACGGGAUAUUAUUAGCAAUUUCCAAUAGCAUAUUGCUGGUUAGUGGGUCCCCAGCGUUGGCUGGGGCGGGACCCGGCUGAAUGCGAGAGUAUCCGACUAUCCAUAUGGCGUAUUCAGUAUUGCAGCUUUGAUAACUCAGAUCCGAUCCGAUGUCCGGGUGCUCCAGCAAUGAUAUCAGCAUGCAUGAUUGCGGUCAUCCCCGUUAUCUGUUAAUGCCUUAUGC